UUCUUAUUGUCGGGGACUCCCAUCUACGUGCUCUUGUAGAUGGCUUUAUUCGGAUGCCAGAGUCUCGGCUGAGCUUUGGCUUCCUGUCGAUCCCGGGGGCGUCUGCUUCUGAAAUUCGCACUGAGGUUCUGCAUGCUGCAGUUCCUCGUGCACCUGAUGCCGUCUGCGUCAUGGCCCCCGGCAACAACCUGACCAGCACCACUGUUGAGAAGGCCGGUGUGGAUUUUGCCAAUCUCCUCACCACUUGUGGCAAUCGCUGGUCCAAGGUUUAUGUGGUCGACUUUCCUCCCCGCCUGGUCGUUGACGUCCAACACCAGGACCUGCUUCGGCAGGAAUAUAGACGUGUGGCUGCUCGUAUGGGUGUAAAGUUCUACAACGCUGCAGAGCACUUCCCCCUGAGUGAUUUGGUGCUGUGGAGCAAGGAUGGUGUCCAUCUGAGUGAUUGUGAGGGGAUGGGGAUCCUCGUCCAGUUGUUCUGGUCUGCUGCCAGCGAGCAACUGCUGACACCACUUCCUUCGCCCCGGAUCUCUCCUCAGCCUCCAGUUCGGAAAGCUACAGUGAGAGAGAGAUCCCCUGCUCCACCCAGCCCAAAACCCGUGAACGGAGGAAUAUUGGUCAGGGCGGCAAGACGAGCCAUCCUCGGGAACCUCCCCGGUCCAGAGGUUCACCAAAGCCCAGGAUGGCUCAACAGCAGGUGGAGGAGAGCUUCCUUCCACUGAACCCCGUCUGGUUCAGCAGCACAGCCCUAAGUGCCAUGGAGAAAGUGUCUCCCUCCCAUAUGUCUUGCCUGGCGGAUUUCAAGGCUUCUCCUAAGCCAAAGAAGCUGUUUGACUCACCCCCGGCCAGAUUGUCCUGCAGUUGGGGCAAGACAGAAACCCCUGUUUGUUCUCCCAUUGCAAAGAUACCCAAGAUGAUGACCCC